AUAUGGCUCCAGAUCAUGAUCGUUCCCAUUUUCUACAACUGGGUGAUUAUCAUCUGCAGGACAUGUUUCAACGCGAUUGAAGUGAACUACCUCGCAGUCUGGCUUACACUGGACUACCUCUCAGACCUCAUGUAUGUGGCUGACACGAUUGUCAGAGUUCGCACCGGUUACUUGGAGCAAGGCAUCCUCAUCAGGGAUGUAGCGCAGCUGAAGAAACGUUACCUUCACUCCUCCCAGUUCCGAUUGGACCUAGGCUCCCUGCUGCCAACUGACCUGCUUUACUUCUCCUUUGGCAUCCACACGCCUCUGGUGCGGGUCAACCGAUUUCUGCGCACGUCACGGCUCAACGAGGCCCUGGACCGUAUGGAGACCCGCACCUCCUACCCCAACACUUUCCGCAUUUCCAAGCUCAUGCUCUACAUCUUUGUGUUGAUCCACUGGAACGCCUGCCUGUACUUUGCCCUGUCCAACUACAUUGGCUUUGGGGCUGACCGCUGGGUCUACCCCAACAUCACCAUCCCGGUGUUUGCCUCCAUGCGCCGUCAGUACUUCUACUGUUUCUGGUUCUCUGCCCAGAUCUUCACCACAGUGGGUGACACACCCCUCCCAGACAGAGAGGAAGAGUACCUGUUUAUGAUUGCGGACCUGCUUAUAGCUGUGCUGGUGUUUGCAUCAAUUGUGGGCAAUGUUGGCAAUGUCAUCACUAGUCUGAGGGACCGCGAUAAUGUAUUUUUCCCCAACCAUGAGCUGGUGAAGGCCUACCUGCGCAACCAUCACAUCAGUAAAGAACUGCGCAAACGUGUCAGUGACUGGUACCAGCACCUGUACAUCAACAAGAAGAUCACACGAGAGAAUGAAAUCCUGCAGCAGCUGCCUGUCCAAUUGCAGACAGAGAUCGCGGUCAGUGUUCAUCUUCCCACGCUGUCCAAGGUCACCAUCUUCCAGAACUGUGAGACCAGCCUGCUGGAGGAACUGGUGCUCAAACUCACACCUCAGGUAUACAGCCCAGGAGAGUAUGUCUGCAAGAAGGGAGAUGUGGGCCAUGAAAUGUACAUCAUCAAAGAGGGAAAACUUGCUGUUGUAGCAGAUGAUGGGGUCACACAAUAUGCUGUGUUGGGUGAGGGGAAUUUCUUUGGCGAGAUCAGCAUCCUCAACAUAAAAGGCAACAAAUCUGGCAAUCGUCGCACUGCCAACAUCCGUAGCAUCGGGCACUCAGAUCUGUUCAGCCUGUCCAAGGAGAACUUGAUGGAUGUGCUGUCUGAGUUCCCUGCCGCCAAACGCCACCUGGAGGAGAAGGGCCGACAGAUCCUAGUCAAGAUGGGCAUGCUGGAGGAGUGUGCGGAGGGCCAGAGGGGAGAGGUGGAGAAAGUGGAGACCAAGCUAGACAGGCUGGAGAGCAACUUGGAUACCCUGCGAACCAAACUUGCCAGACUCAUGGUGGAGCUGGAGUCCAGCAACCGCAAGAUGCAGGCCAGGGUGGAGAUGUUGGCGCUAGAGGUAGAAGGGUUGGAGAAUAAACUGCCAGUGGGUGAAAGUGGAAAGAGAGAGGUAGGAGAAGGAGACAGAGAGCUGGAAAGGGGAGAGGGGGUGGGAGGGGAGGUUGAACUGGAGAGAGAAGAGGCAGAGGGAGAGGAGGUUGGAGCAGAGAGGUUGAAAGAACAAGGACAAGAUGAGGCUGGCGAGGAUGUGACCAAAGAGGGAGAUGGAGAGAGCACUAAAAGCAACAAGGAAGAGACAAAUGAGGAAGCACAUGGUAUGGAGGUAGAGGGAGAUGGAGGCAUGGACCAAGCUUCGGAUGAAAGAGAAAAGAAAGGGGAUGAUGGAGAAAAUAAAAGAAAUAAAAGAAAUUGA